AUGUUACGUUCUGGCAGCUCAGACCGUUCUGUGGCCGUGGGUAAUCGCCGAUUAUCGACAAAUAAUCCUUUUCGCACGGAGGCUGUGACACAAGAAAGACAAAUUUACCAAAGUGAUGAGGAGUUCCAGAAAUGGGUAUCGGCCAAUAAGAUGCACAGUCCCUAUGCGUCCACGGCGUCUGGAUCGCGGCCUUACAACAACAAAAGCUCUUCAUUGUUGAGUUUUACAGACAGCAUCGAGGAAGAACCGCCAAUGAUUGCACCACGCAUAGAUUCACCGCGCAGUCUGACUGAUGUGCGUUCAAGCAUGACACCGCCCCAACGACCAUCAUCGAAAAAUCCAUUCCUCGAGGACCUAACACCUCAGUCUGGUGGAGAUGACUCGUCAUCUGCGUCGUCGUCGUAUCCUACUGCCCAGGAGGAGAAAGACCGUUUGAGACGCCGGUAUUUGGAACAGACUACGGUGGACGACUCACCAACUCGUCCCUCCGACGACUUGCCCCCUUCGUACGACGAAGUUGCGGGCCCAAAGAAAGACGCCCCUCGUCCGCGUGAAAAAUCAAGUUCAUCGCACUAUAAUAGCUCGUCGUCGUCACGGUCGCAUCGCCACCAUUCAGAGCGUUCAAACGGCAACCAUCAACAUCAUCGCAGCAGCCGUGAAGCUUCGUCAUCUGGUGGCACUCGAGUGUCGUCAAGCCAACGCAAAUCCUCCAAGGACAAGAAAAAGUCUUCGUCGUCUUCAUCUAAGCCUCUCGCCAAAAAUGUUGAUACUAUCGAUAAGCUCGACGUCACCGGACUUUUCGGGGGCGCAUUUCAUCAUGACGGACCCUUCGAUGCGUGUACGCCACAUCGUAAUCGCAACCAGAAGGUCGCUCCUGUGAUGGCUUUUCCAGCAAACGGUCCUAAUUCGUCUAUUGCGGGGGCUGCCAAUGCCAAAUCACCUAUGAAAGAGGUUUUUGGUCAAGAGUCUGUUGACGACGACGACACCUAUCUAUACGGUGGUACCAGGCCUUAUCGAGCAGCGAAUACUUCUUCAACAGCCACUUUAGACGCCAUCAAACCCAACAGCCGAGUAAUUACUCAGUUUGAUGCCAAGGCCAAAACGCAACUCGUUCACGGACCAACAACUGAUGGUCUCGGCUCCACAACCUUUCUAGAUGGCGCACCAGCCACUGGUGUUCAAAACGGCUAUAACCGUCUACAUCCUCACCAAGCAUACACCAACGGCAAAGAACCUCUACAACUCACCAAGACACACUCCGGUCACUUGGAGUACGAUCAAGACGAAGAGGAUGUCUAUUUGGGGGGACGCGUAGACCCUGCGGCGAAAAAAUCUGGUUCAGGUAACAAGUUCAUGAGAAGAGUGAAAAGUUUGAAAGUGGGGAGGAAGUCAUAA